AUGGCCAAGGGCAAGCAGCGAGCCACGGCAGAAUACGAGCCCUUAGCAGCGGGCUGGGAGGCCGUCAUCGGCGUCGAGUGCCACAUCCAGCUCAAGACAUCGACGAAGCUCUUCAGCUCGGCGCCGUCUGCCUCUUCUUCUUCUGCUACUCAGCACAUCGACGAUGGGCCCAACAGCAGAGUAGUGCCGUUUGACGCAGCGCUUCCCGGCAGCCUGCCGCGGCUGACGAGGGAGCCCGUCACGCUGGCGCUCAAGGCGUGCAUCGCCAUGGGCUGCACGCUCGAAAACGAUGUUGGCUUCGACCGUAAGCACUACUUCUAUCCGGAUCUGCCCAGCGGGUACCAGAUCACGCAGCGAUAUGCGCCCCUGGCGCGCGACGGCCGGCUGCGGCUGCGCUUCGACGAAGGCUACCUGGGUGACGUGGCCGACGAGGUUGAGGUGCGCAUCGAGCAGGUGCAGCUGGAGCAGGACACGGCCAAGUCGACGCACCACUUUACCUCGUCGCAGCAGCACCAGCGCACGUUUGUCGAUGUCGACCGCGCGGGGCAGCCGCUGAUCGAGGUGGUGAGCGGGCCCGACAUGCGCAAGCCCGAGCAGGCAGGCGCCUAUGUGCGCAAGCUGCGCGAAGUCGUGCGCAGAAUCGGCGCCAGCGACGGCAACAUGGACGAGGGCUCGCUCCGCUGCGACGUCAACGUCUCGGUCCACCGCAUCGGCGAGCCGUGGGGCACGCGGUGCGAGGUCAAGAACCUCAACAGCGUCCGCUUCGUCAUGAAUGCUGCCGCACACGAAAUGCACAGACAGCAGAGGAUCCUCGCUGGCGGGGGCACCGUCGAGCAGGAGACACGGGCCUACGACGAGGUCGGCGCAACCACAUACCGGCUGCGGUCAAAAGAGCAGUCGCCAGACUACCGCUACAUGCCCGAUGCCAACCUGGCGCCGCUGGCCGUGGCAGGGGACGAGCGUCUGCUCGAUGAGGUCCGUGCCUCGAUGCCCGAGCUGCCCGACGAGCAGCGGAGCCGGCUCCUCGAGACGUACGGCCUGCCUGCGAGAGACAUCAACGUGCUCAUGCGCAUCGGCCUCGAAGACGAGGGCGCGGUCUCAAGCGACGACGACGUCUCAGCCGUCGCAUUCUUUGAGCAGGUGGCACAGGGCCGCGAUGCACGCGUGGCCAUCAACUGGACCAUCCAGGAGCUCCUCAAGGCGCUCAACAGUCAGUCGCUCGCCUUCAGACAGAACCCCGUCUCGGCCGAGCACCUGGGCGAGCUCAUCGACGUCGUCGAGUCGGGCCAGGCCACCAUGUCGACGGCGCGCAAGCUCGUCGAGAGCCUCGUGUCGAGGUCCGUUGAGCUGAAAAAGGGUCAGCGCGUCCUGGCAUACCUCGAGCAGCAGGGCGCCCUCGCGCUCAACUCGGCCGCAGACCUCGGCCCGCUGUGCCAGGAAGCCGUCGAGGCGCUUCCCAGCGAGGCCGAGGCCGUGAAGGAAGGCAAGAUCAAGGCCGUCGAGAGAAUCGUGGGGCAGGUGAUGAAGCUGGCAAAGGGGAGAGCCGAUGCCAAUGCGACCAGAAAGCUGCUGCUGGAGAUGCUAAAGUAG